AUGAGUGCAUCCUAUGAUAAUGGUUGGAGUUCCAAAUGCAAUACACAUGCUAUGAUUCGUGUUCUUUCAAGUGCGACAAGCGGUCUUAAAGUAGUUCACAUAAAUGCACAAAGUUUAAAUAAAAAAAUUGACGAAUUUCGUUACAUUUUUCAAAAUUCAUGCGUUGAUAUAAUUUGUGUAUCGGAGACAUGGUUUCGAAACGAUAUAUUAAGUCAAGCCUUCAAUAUACCGGGUUACCGGCUAUACCGCGCCGAUAGAGAAGGGCAUGCGGGAGGUGUUGCAAUUUACGUAAUUAACCAUAUGAAAAGCAGGGUAAUAGACAAAUCGACGCAAGGUAACUCCAUAGAAUAUAUGUUUUUAGAGUUAGAGAGUGGAAGUGAGAAAAUGCUGAUUGGAAAUGUAUACAGACCUCAUAGAAAUGUUGACAUCAUGCCACUUAUUUCAAUCUUAUCUACAAUUACUUUGGAAUAUGAAAACAUUGCCAUAACGGGCGAUUUUAACAGUAACAUACUACAUGAACAGUUUUUGGUCGAUGAAAUGCAAUCUAUUGGUCUCACACUGGUUAAUUCUACUACUCCCACUCAUUUUACAGCCUCCUCUAAUACAUUAUUAGAUCUUAUUUUCAGAAACAGGCAAUUGGAAUAUUUGUUAUAUGAGCAACUUUCGGCUCCAGUUUUUUCAAAACAUGAUUUGGUCUUUUGUUCUCUCGAUGUUUUUAAUCACUCCAAUCCUUCAGAUGAGACAUAUACCUAUCGCGAUUUUAAACGGAUUGAUAUUGAUUUGAUGGAAUACCGCCUGUCAACCAUAGAUUGGGAUAGAAUGUAUAGCUUUCAAACCGUUGAUGACAGACUAUCCUUCCUACAGGAUAGAAUAUUAGAUCUGUACAACGAACUAGUUCCAUUGAGAACGAGAAGAAAGACAACUCGCGAGAAACCCUGGUUCACAAAUGACAUUAAAAGAUCUAUGGAAGAACGUGACAUAGCAUAUAGCAGAUGGAAGCGUUUCCGACUGCCAAUUCUUCAUAUGCAAUAUCGACAACUUCGGAAUGGAGUGACGGAGAAAAUAAGGCAGGCUAAAUAUCGUUAUUUUGGAAGGCGAUUUUCAGAGUCAAUCGAUUCUGGUACCGGGGGACUUGAAUUACUACAGCGGGAUUACUGGGCAGAUCGAUGA